UUGUGACAAAACACAACAUUUGAGCCUGUAUAUAUAAAAUAUAUUAAUUCCCGGUGUUUUUCUCGUAUACAACAGGAUGAAGCCUACCACAAGAGAGCGAUUCCUUAAUCGGGUUCCGAUUAGCAAGGAGAGACUUGCAAAACAUGACAGAGGCAUGGGAAUUGACUUGAGAUCUAAAUCCUCUAGGAUAAAAAAUCAGACAGUGAAACGAAAGUUAAGGAAAAAGGAGACGACUUUUCAUAAUGUAGUAAAGGACACUGCCCGUGCUGAAUUACUUUUGACAGAGGAUUAUGGUUGCUUGGAACCUGAUGCUGGAGAGACGACAGUACAAUAUAAGCAGAGUCAAAUAGCAAGCAACGUAGAUAUAACCAGCAUGGCUAAACGUUUUACGUUAAACUUAGACUUCGGCCCUUAUUGUAUAAGAUACACGAAAAAUGGACGACAUUUGGUACUGGGUGGAAAGAGGGGUCACGUAGCAGCUUUAGAUUGGGUGACGAAGAAACUGUCUUGUGAGAUGAACGUGAUGGAAUCAGUUCACGACGUGUGUUGGUUGCACGUAGAAACGAUGUUUGCGGUUGCGCAAAAGGAAUGGGUAUACAUAUACGACAAUCAAGGAAUUGAACUGCAUUGCAUAAAAGCAAUGAGUAGAGUAAACGAAAUGGAAUUUUUGCCGUACCAUUUUCUACUAGCCAGUGCAUCCAGAACUGGUUAUCUAGUUUGGCUGGAUGUUUCCAUAGGCAAAAUUGUAAAUUCCUUUUUUACUAAAGGAGGAAAAAUAGGAGUAAUGACGCAAAAUCCAACUAAUGCAUUACUAUGUGUUGGCGACACAAAAGGUGUUGUAUCUAUGUGGUCUCCGAACAGUAAAGACCCUUUAGUAAAAAUGUUGUGCCACCGUCAAGCAGUAUCUGCUUGCGCAGUUCAUCCAUAUGGAAAUUACAUGGCCACUGCCUGUCCAGACAAAUCUGUAAAGGUAUGGGAUAUCCGGCAGUUGGCCGGUCCCCUGCAGGAUUAUCGCGUACGCGCUCCCGUUCAACAUUUAUCUUACAGCCAGAGUGGACAAUUAGCGAUGUCAAUGGGAAACGUCGUUGAAGUCUUUCGAUCGUCAGCCACCGAUGUGAAACCAUACUUGCGUCACAGAGCUGAUUGGACAGUGACGAAUAUGCAUUUCUGUCCGUAUGAAGAUGUGUUAGGUAUCGGUACAUUAAGAGGAGUCUCUUCGCUUUUGGUACCCGGAAGCGGUGAAGCGAACUACGACGCUCUGGAAAGUAAUCCGUUCCAGACCAAAACCCAACGACGUGAAGCCGAAGUAAAGGCUCUGUUGGAUAAGAUUCAACCGGAAUUGAUAUGUUUGGACCCGGUUGCUAUCACGCAAGUAGACGUGCCUACGUUGAAAGAUAAAAUCGAGGCUAAGAAGAAGAUCUUAUAUCUAAAGCCACAAGACAUUGAUUUCACACCGCGUAAAACGAAAUCUAAAGGAAAGGGAGGAACAGCUAAAGUGCUCAAGACUAAGAAGAUCCUGAAGGAUUUAAGUCGAAAGGAAACUAUCAAUUUACUUCGGCGAGAAGAUAUCCGAUCAGAUGCGAAGAAAACACAGCAACCUCAAAAGGAUUAUGGAGUAUUAAAUAGGUUUGUAUCAAAACCUGGUCAAAGUAGAUAGUGAAUCGUCUAGUGUACUGGAUCCAAUAAAAUUGCUCCUAAUUAACUGUAAAAUGUACCUCAAUAAAGUUUUGUUUAGAAAA